AUGCCUUCGCAAAUUGCUAUAACUACUACUAUGCCAAUGUUUCAGGUCCUGUUAWGGCUUUUCGAUCAGGGUAAUGAUCCUAGAUCACCUUGCGAUAAAUUUGUCGAUGAUAUUGCGGAAAGUGAAUCACUUGAGCGGAAACAUACUGUUAGCAAAAGCAGACAUCUUUGGCCAUGUCCUCGUACUAUAUCGAGUAAGAUCUUGGCUCAGUGGAAAAAUGAACUUUGA